AUGCCUCCCACUGCCGCAACGAGUACGACGGGCUUCUUCCAAGUCCAGCCCAUCAUCCUGAACCAGUGGGACGAGGACACGGGCCUGGCACGUGCCGCCGGCCUCUUCCUCCCACCCAGCCUCGCCGCGUCUCUGGCGCCCAAGCUGCGCUCCUUUGCCGCUGACGUGAUCACGCCCGAUAUCACGGCCUGGAUCACCAACGCCGAGCACGACCUCCCCUACAUCGCGGGCUCGGGGUUCACCGCCUUUGGAAGCCCCCAGCCCAACUCCCUCGUGACCUCUGAUGGGUGGAAGAAGUUGCAGGAUUUUGGGCUUCGCGCUGGCAUCGUCCCGACUGGCUACGAGCAUGAACUCGCCGCCUACUCACGCGUGUACCAGGCCCUCCGGCUGUACCUGUGGUGCGGUAACGCGGCGCUCGUGACGUGCCCCAGCGCGAUGCAGGACGGAGCGAUCGCCGUUCUCCUGCGGGAGAUGCUCAAGGACGGCCCUGCGCCGGGAUAUCCCGCCGAGCUGCAGGACGUACGCCGCAAGGUGUUUGACAACGCGCUCGCCCGCCUCAUGUCCCGCGACCCUGCAUACGCGUGGACGUCGGGCCAGUGGAUGACGGAGCGCGCCGGCGGGUCCGACGUGGCCGGCACGGAAACGGUCGCCAUUCGAGCUGGGCCUGACACGUCAGCCACGGACAUUGACGGCAACCAGCUUGGACCGUGGAAGGUGGACGGAUUCAAGUGGUUCUCUUCUGCAACGGACUGUGGCUGUGUCCUCUUCCUCGCAAAGACCGACGACAGUGGUAGACUUUCGUGCUUCUUCGCUCCGACGCGCAAGUAUGUCAAUGGGCGCGAGGAGAUGAAUGGCAUCCGCAUUCAGCGUCUCAAGAACAAGCUCGGCACCAAGACGGUGCCCACUGCCGAGCUUGAACUCAAGGGUAUGCGUGCAUGGCUCGUCGGCGAGGAAGGCCGCGGCGUCGCGCAGAUCUCGACCGUGCUCAACAUCACGCGCCUGCACAAUGCCAUCGACUCGGCCGGGCAACUUGGGCGUUGCCUGGCUAUUGUACGCUCGUUUGCGCGUGUCCGCACGUUCCCAUCCAAGAAGGCACCCGAGAACCUCCUCCGUGAGGUGCCGCUGUUCGCCAAGUCUCUCUCCGGCGUGGCUGUCAUGCUCCGCGCCGACACGCUACUGACACACUUUGUGGCGGCGAUCGUGGGCGCUGAUGACCACCCGACGUCGCCACAUGCGCCUAUCAUCCCGCGCGACCCUGGAGCUGUGAGCGCGCUUGUGCGCAUCACCACCCCGAUUGCCAAGGCGUACACUGCCAAGCACGCCGUUUGGGGUGGGCAGGAGUGCAUGGAGAGCCUCGGCGGCGUGGGGUACAUGGAGAACACGGAGAACCAGGAGAUGAACCUCGCACGCAUCUUCCGUGAUAUCAACGUCCUCCCAAUCUGGGAGGGCACGACCGACGUGCUCUCAACCGACACGGUCAAGGUGCUGCGCGGCAAGAGCGGCAAGGCCGUCACCGAGACGCUGACUGAGUGGAUCGAACACGCUCUUUCGCUUGGUACUGCAAUCAACGCCCUCACGGAGGAGAAGGCGGCGAUCCGGAGCGCCUGGGCGCGCACCCGCGACACGGUGGGACGUGUGAGCUUCGACGAGGCUGUGUCGCGUGGCCGCCACAUUCUCUGGCAGCUCGGCGACAUCAUCUGUGCCACGCUGCUGGUGGCCGAUGCGCAACGCGACAGCGACCCGGUUGCUACAGAGAUCGCGCGUCGGUUUGUCGGCAAGCACCACAUCUUCCGCCUGCACCGCGAGCCUGGAGACUGGCGCGAAGAGACGGCGUGGGACAAGAAGAUUCUCUUCGCAGGCGACACCAACCCCUUGCUCGAGAUCAAGGUGAACGCCAAGUUGUAG